AUGGGGAAUGGAACAAGUAAACACAACCCUAAAAUCCAAUCUUUUCCAAUUAUUCGAGGCACUACUUGUAUGAAUGCUUAUCAAUUAUUACGAGAAGAUCCACAUGCCAUGUUAAAAGAUCGAGCAGACAAAUCCGAAUCAAUUUUAUACGAACAAAUGGAUGAAAUAUUUAGUAUUUGUGAACGAUUUAAUUUACUUGUUGAAGAACUAUACGAUUUUAUGAAAAUAUUCAGUGAAAUAACGUACAAUCAAAAAUAUGAUAUUGAGGAUCAAUCAGCAUCACAACGAAAAAAUGAACAUUUAGUCACAUUGCCUAUUGAUUAUUUUCCAACGGGACAUGAAAAAGGUUAUAGCAUCACAUUGGAGUUCGGUGGUGAUCAUGAUCGUUUAACACUGUUUCAAUUUUAUGGUAAUAGAAAAUCAGCAAUGAUUCUCGGUCAUGAUUUUAUCAUUCCUGAAACAAAUCGAAAAAAUGAUGGUAGUUCAUUAAUAUUAUUUUUGGCUAUGCAAAUUCAAUUAUUAUUACAAAAAACAAUUGAAUUAAAAUUAGAUUUGUCAAUUGUCAGAAUACCACUUAUUUUUGUACUAGGUUAUUCGUUUGAUCAAACAAAGUUUCAAGCAGCUAUCAUUGAAAAUUGGUUUUAUAAUCAUAAUAGUAAAACUCUUCUAGGAAAAAAUAUUAUAGAAUUAUUACAAAAGGAAUUAAUUGAACAUAAUUUAAAUAUUGAGGUACACUUAUGUGAACUAUUAUUUAUCAAUAAUCAUGUCUAUCUUAAAAAAAAUGAAGUGAUGCCAAAUUUAAGCAUUCUUGUUGGAGAAAACACAUACAUCAGUUAUGUAAUUAAAAAACAAACAAAAAUAAUUACUCAAAUGAUCAAAACGAAAACGAAAAAAGCGUCCAUGUCUUCUCCAGAACAAUCAACGACAGAUUCAAAAAAAAAUCUUAGCAUUAUACAAAUUCUAUUACAUACCUAUGAUUGUUCUACACCGGAUAAUAAUUUAGAAUCAUUAUGGACAAAAUAUGAUUUUCAACUUCAUUGGAAUGUGACCAGUCAAGUGAGUCAAACUCUAGAUAAAUUAUUGAAUUUUUCUCAUGUUGGUGAAAGUGUAAGGUACAUUUUGAAUGAUUUAAAAAAUCGAAAAAUAUUAUUUCCAACCCGAGCUGAUCAUAGUCAAUCAUAUGGAAAGAACAUAUUAUUAUUAUCGUUACCAAAUACGUUCUACAAUACGUAUUUUUCAAUAAUAGCAUCUGAUUUAACAAAAGAAAAGCAGUUAACGAAACAAAUACUAAAAAAUUUAGGCGUUUGGGUAUCACAAGAUGAUUGUAUUAUUGUCCAAUUUGUUUGCCGUAUAGUAAUACAGCGAAUAGCGAAACUGUUAUCAGCUGUUGUCUUUUGUAUUAUUCAUAAACUUCAAUUAGAACAUUCAACAAUAAUUAUUGGUGGUCAUGUGUAUUGUUCCAAUGUGACAUUUCGACAUUCAUUUGAAUUUUAUCUAAAUUUACUUGUGUCAUCGAAAUAUAAUUAUAGUUUAAUACGUCUCAAUGAUUGUUUUACUCUAGGAGCAGCGGCACUCGCACUCAAAUACAAACAAUAA